GGAAAACACCCAAAACUUUGUUUGGGAAGUACAAUCAAGAAAAAUGAUCUUCAAUAUGCGACCUUAAGUCACUGUUGGGGAGCCCCAGAGAAGAAAUAUCAAACACUAACGAAAUCAACCCUCAUAAAUUACCUGACGAAAAUAGAAAUGGAAGACCUUCCGAAGACAUUUCAUGACGCCAUUAAAGUUUGUGUCGGGUUGAAGAUUAGGUAUAUUUGGAUUGACUCACUCUGCAUCAUACAAGACGACAAAGAAGACUGGAGGAGAGAGUCUGUCACUAUGAUUGAUGUCUACGGUAGCUGUUUGCUGAAUAUUGCUGCAUCUAGCUCCAUUGAUGGUAGUCAAGGAUGCUUUUUUGAUAGGCAAGAUGCCCUGAGGUGUCGCAUCUCUUUUAAUCUCGAUAAAAAGAACGAUGCUAUGCAUGAUCUUAUACCAGAUACAAAGCAUCCACUAGAGAAUUCCAGCGUUUGUCCGGUAGAAGGUCGAGGCUGGACCUUACAGGAGCGCCUUCUCUCACCACGAACUGUGCAUUUUACUCGGGAAGAGGUGUUUUGGGAGUGCCAUGCCAAAUUUGUUUCGGAAAGCUCGCCUUUCCACUCUGAUAAAUUGGACUCUCAAAGAAAUAAAGAGAUUUCAACCAGGAAAUGGAAAAAGAUUAUUGAUAAUUACACUGGCCGCCAUUUAACUUACGAAGCGGAUAGACUAAUAGCACUAGGCGGAAUUGCGGCGAAAAUACAGCAACAGAAGAAAGAUGAAUAUUUUGCUGGAAUGUGGGGUAACAACUUAAUAUUGCAACUCUGUUGGCAGGUCUGUGAUAAAAAAGCAAGCCGAAGAAUCUCACCUCAACGAGCUCCAACAUGGUCCUGGGCAUCUGUAACAUCGCGGGUCAUAAGCGACGACAUUCAUUCGCCCUUCGGAAUUCGGUUAUCUAAAGUUUGGAAAGACGACAAACCAGCGACUGAACAUCAAUUCGGCGACAUGCCGAAUGUAGCACUAUGGCUAUCAUGUCCUCCACUUUUACCCGUCCAAGUUAUCAUGCCAAAUACCAUGGUCUUUCGGGAGAAAUUUACCUCGGAUCCUUUGUUUACAAUGGACUGUGUAGAAGAUACUAUACUUGUCAAUAUAAACAGUGACAGGUGCACUUUGUUCAUACUACAGAUUUCCGAUGGCGAUGGAUUAAUCUUGAAACGUAUUGAAGGGGCCCCAGGGGUUUAUGAAAGAAUAAGUUAUGUGCUGUCAUUCCCUUAUAGAAGUUUCGAUGUGCACGAUGAAAAGAAUCAUGCAGAAAAGAGUGCAUAUGUCCCGAAGGAGAAACACAAUUUUGACACCGAUGAGCAUGUCAUAUGUUUAGUUUAGUCAUCAACGAGGUCAUCGAUGACAUAUUAAGGAAAUAACUAAUGUUAGUCCGAGUAGUUUUAUUUUACUGAAAGCUCAAGUAGGCAACGAAUACAAGAUGGAUCAAUAGAAACCGGGCUGGUGAAGUCGAAAUCGAGGAUUAAGGAUAGGGUGUGAUCCCGAUAAUGAUUACAUAUCUCUUGCGAGCGGAAGUUUAUGAGACUUUUCUUUUACUUCGGGAAAGGAAUUUUGACUUGCUUUAUGCAGUGAUGCUAAGUGUCAACAUUAGACAUCGCGGAUAGCUCUUUUGGUGUUGGUGAUCUGGUAACUAAGAGCUUAUUUUCAUUUCAAGUAAAGUUCAAUGCAACGUUAUGAUACAGGACGAUUUUGGGUGAAAGUUGAAACUAGUCAGAUGUUCACAAAUGAAAUCUUCUUGAUUUAUAAGAAGUGUGCGUGUGAACUGAUAGACUAUAGGGGUGGAAAUCUCUA